AUGAUUCCCUCUUCCGAAGCUAGCAGCGGGUCGCUCGGCCCUCAGAGCCAAUCCUUCUCCCGAAGUUACGGAUCCAUUUUGCCGACUUCCCUUACCUACAUUGUUCUAUCGACCAGAGGCUGCGAACCUUGGAGACCUGCGGCGGAUUGA